AGAAGAGUUAUCUCACCUGUUGGACGCGCCACCUAUCCAUGGAGAAUCACAACUGGACACACCUGUCGUGAUAAAAGAGAGGCAGUCUUGUUUUGCUGAGUUUAUGCUUGGACUCUGUACCUGUAUUAGCCUUGGGAACAUCUGGGCAAUAUUCAUCAAAAAUAUCACUGUGCUCUCUAGAAAUAUAGGAUUUCUCUUGUUCUCGUUUAUGUUGCCUGCCAUCCAGAUUAUCUUAUUCUGUUUGUGUAUAGGACGGGAACCUUAUGGUUUAAACAUGGCAGUAGUAAAUAAGGAUACUGGUCCAUUAGGAGCUGAAUACCUGAAAUUUCUAAAUAAUAAUACUAUUAUACAGGAGAAUUACACAGAUUUAUCAGCAGCCUUGGACACAGUUAAGCGGGGAGAGAAAUGGGGAGUUAUUAGUAUGAGUCAAAACUAUACUCAGGACCUCGUUCUAAGAUUUAUGUCAAAAACAAACAUUUCUGAGAAAAUAAUAGAUGGCAGUUCAGUACAUCUGUACUUAGACAUGACAAACCUUGAGAUUAGUGUCACCAUACAAGAGUAUACCAUACAAGCAUUCCAAGACUUUGCAAAAAGCAUGCUUCCUGCUUUAGGGUUGAGUCCUGCAAUGAUUGAUCUGCCAGUUAAGUUGGAACAGCCAGUGUAUGGUGAAAGAAAACCUGCAUUCACUAACUUCAUGGCACCUGGUAUUAUAUUGAGCAUCACCUUCUUCAUGGCAACAGGUCUGACAACACUUUCAUUUGUAUUGGAGGGAAAACAGGGGCUUCUUGACAGAAGCUUAGUAGCAGGAGUGAACACUGUUGAAGUAAUGAUUGCACAUGUGUGUACUCAGUUCUGGAUAAUGCUGGUGCAGGCUGGUCUUCUUUUACUCUUUGCCUUAGUUGUAUUUGAGGUGCCGUCUCGAGGACCUGUCAUUCUGGUUAUAAUACUAACAAUAUUUAUAGGAUUUACUGGUAUGGCACUAGGUCUUUUAAUCUCAACAUUAUGUGAUGAAGAAAACACAGCGAUCCAAGCUGCUCUUGGUUCUGUCUACCCCAAUCUCUUACUGAGUGGUAUCAUUUGGCCAGUGGAGUCGAUGCCUAUAUGGUUGCGCUAUGUUAGUAUGGCACUUCCAAUGACAUAUCCAGCUGAGGCCAUGCGCUGUGUCCUAAGCAGAGGCUGGGAUCUGACAUAUAUGCCCGUGUGGCGAGGAUUCCUUGUGGGGAUAGGCUGGGGAUGGGGGCUUAUGUUAAUAGCAGCUAUAAUAUUACGUGUGAAAGGAUCAUAGAAAUAAAGCUAUUGACUCUUGACAGGAAUCCCAAAAUACAUGUAUUUGAAUAUGAAAUCAUUCUCGAUACAUGUGGAACUUUGUGCAUUUAUGGUACCUGGAAUACAGCAAUAAAAUAUGAUUUACCUGGUGACAUUCUUGAUGUUUACAGCUGACACAGUGAAUGCAUUUGUCUGGGAAGAGGAAGUUCAUGUACACUCCCCUUCAUAAAUUUGGCAAGUUCAAAAAAUUUUCAAAAUCCAGCAUGGUUUUGACAUUUUUUGUUUUUAUAGGAAUGUUUGUAAAAUAAAAACAUAAAAAAAUGUGAAAAAAUUACAUGAAAAAUGCAUUGUGCAUAUGUUACCAAAUUAUAUCAUAUACCUUGAAAUAAAUUUAAUAAUAAUAAUAAAAAAAAAAAAAAUAAAAAUAAAAAAAUAAAUAAAU